UAAUGUGAUGCAAGAUUUAGAUUCUUUCUCUCUGCUUAGUUGUGUGUAUGUGAAUAUUGUGAACAAUAUAAACAGUGGGAAAUGGGUGACAUUAGAAGCAAUGGGAAAGCUAAAUUUGUAAUAAACUUUUCAGCAGGACCAGCAAAAUUACCAGCAGCGGUCUUAGCCCAUGCACAGAAAGAAAUGUUGGAUCACAAGGACAGUGGUGUGAGUGUUAUGGAACUAAGUCACAGAUCAUCAGAAUUCAUCAAAAUCCUUCAUGCAGCAGAGGAGAAAUUAAGACAUUUAUUAACCAUCCCAGACAACUACAAAGUAUUAUUUCUACAAGGUGGCGGCACUGGUCAGUUCUCCGCUGUACCUCUGAACCUCAUGCAACUCAAACCAGGUCAUUCCGCUGAUUACAUCAUCACAGGGUCAUGGUCAGCAAAAGCUGCCCAGGAGGCAGAAAAGUAUGGCACUGUCAAUUUGGUCUUACCAAAACCCAAAAAAUACACAUCAAUACCAGACAGGUCAACCUGGACGCUGAAUCCAGAUGCUUCCUAUUUCUAUUACUGUGCCAAUGAGACAAUUGAUGGUGUUGAGUUUCAGUAUAUUCCAGAAACCAAUGGGGUUCCUAUAGUCUGUGAUAUGUCCUCAAAUAUCCUGACCAGACACCUGGACAUUUCAAAGUUUGGUUUGAUAUUUGCUGGGGCCCAGAAAAACAUUGGCCCUGCGGGUGUGACUCUAGUCAUCAUCAGAGAAGAUUUGAUUGGCUUUGCUAUGAAAGUUUGUCCUGUCAUCUUUGACUACAAGGUUCAAGCAGGCAACAACUCACUUUACAAUACUCCACCAACCUAUGGUAUUUACAUGAUGGGUCUUGUAUUUGAUUGGAUAGAGGAAGUUGGUGGUGUGCACAAAAUGGAAGAGAAUGCCAUCAAGAAAUCUGGUUUGGUUUAUGAGCUUAUUGAUAAUUCAGAAGGCUUCUACAAUUGUCCAUUAGAUUUGGACUGUCGCAGCCGAAUGAAUAUUCCAAUUAGAAUUGGUUUCCACGGGGCACAUGAUGUGUUGGAAAAAAAGUUUUCUGACGAGUCAACCAGCAAUGGCUACUUACAGCUGAAAGGCCACAGGUCAGUUGGAGGCAUAAGAGUUUCAUUGUACAACGCUGUAACAGUGGAGGAAACAGAGCACUUGGUGGAGUUUAUGAAAGGCUUUAUGUCAAGGAACCGACAACUGAUGGUCUCACAUUAGAUCUUCUCAUGCUUUAAAUGGCCUCACAAUUUUUUUAGUAUCGAAUGGCUAAGCCCCGGUGAAUGGUUUAUCAUCACAGCCCUUUGCACCGGGCAUUUUAUUUUAGUUGUAUUUUUACCCCUUAAGACCUCACUUGAGCUCAGUUUUAUUUGGCAUAAGUCCGUCUGGAGCACAAAUUUCAAUUCUGUACAUAUUUAUUUUAUUGGCAUUGGGUUGUGCAGUUGAUUUCUUUGGCCAGCAUUUUAUGAGUUCAUUUGUUUAGAUGUUUUUGUCAUGAUAUUGUUUACCUGCAUCAUUCACUAGUAAGAUUUAAGAUGCAAUAUAGCAUUCAGUGAUGUAACAUAACAUUCAAUAAUGUAACAUAACAAUAUUUCAUAUUAUCAUAUUAUUUGCUAAAUAGCUUCAUUUACUGUGUUCAUACCUGUACAGCAUUAUCUCCCCUGUUUUUGAUGCUCUAUUCAAUAAAUGUGUUGUAUUAAUGUA